GUCUCUUGCGUCACUCGGCCGCGCCCAGCCUUUCGGCGACGGCCCUUGGUCCCGGCCGCGGCGGGGGUCGCAGGUCGUCCGGGGCAGGUUCUCCUUGGCGCUCCCCCAUGGAGGAGGCGGCGCUCACGGCUGCAGACCCGGAUGCCCUCACCUCCUUCUGUACGGCGACGAAGGCGCUGGCCGCGCGAGCUCAAGAGGCGGCGGCCCGUGCGGCCUGUGUGGGCGUGUAAGCGGAGGUGACUAGGGCCAGAUAGUGGAGGGGAAGCCGCAUGGCCGGCCUCCAACUGGGGCUGGAGCUACUCUGCCAGGGUUUAAAACUUUAAAUGAGAGUAAAGAGUAUUUACAAGGAAAUGAAAGUAAGUCAUCUCUAACUGCUUCCAGACUUUUUUUCAUAAGAGAGACCAUAUUAAACUUACAUAUUUGAGGAUUGCAUAAUCCUGCCUCCAGCACCAGUGGUUUCUCUGUUUGGUGAUCAAUGUGACUCACAAGAACUUCUUCAGUAACAAACGAAAUGAUCCAGGGGCGUGGAAAAUAUGACUUUUACAUUGGUCUGGGAUUGGCUAUGAGCUCCAGCAUUUUCAUUGGCGGGAGUUUCAUUUUGAAAAAAAAAGGUCUUCUGCGACUUGCCAGGAAAGGCUCCAUGAGAGCAGGUCAAGGUGGCCAUGCAUAUCUUAAAGAAUGGUUGUGGUGGGCUGGAUUGCUAUCAAUGGGAGCAGGUGAGGUGGCCAACUUUGCUGCAUAUGCCUUUGCACCAGCCACCCUAGUGACUCCAUUAGGAGCUCUCAGCGUCCUAGUAAGUGCCAUUCUUUCUUCAUACUUCCUAAAUGAAAGACUUAAUCUUCAUGGGAAAAUUGGAUGUUUGCUAAGUAUUCUAGGAUCUACAGUUAUGGUCAUUCAUGCUCCAAAAGAAGAGGAAAUUGAGACUUUAAAUGAAAUGUCCCACAAGCUGGGAGAUCCAGGUUUUCUGGUCUUUGCAACACUUGUGGUCAUUGUCUCAUUGAUACUAAUCUUCGUGGUGGGACCUCGCCAUGGACAGACAAACAUUCUUGUGUACAUAACAAUCUGCUCUGUAAUUGGAGCGUUUUCAGUCUCCUGUGUUAAGGGCCUGGGCAUUGCUAUCAAAGAGCUGUUUGCUGGAAAGCCUGUGCUGCGACAUCCCCUGGCCUGGAUUCUGCUGCUGAGCCUUAUAGUCUGUGUGAGCACACAGAUUAAUUACCUGAACAGGGCCCUGGAUAUAUUCAACACUUCCAUUGUGACUCCAAUAUAUUAUGUAUUCUUUACAACAUCAGUUUUAACUUGUUCAGCUAUUCUUUUUAAGGAGUGGCAAGAUAUGCCUGUUGAUGAUGUCAUUGGUACUUUGAGUGGCUUCUUUACAAUCAUUGUGGGAAUAUUCUUGUUGCAUGCCUUUAAAGACGUCAGCUUUAGUCUAGCAAGUCUCCCUGUGUCUUUUCGAAAAGACGAAAAAGCAAUGAAUGGCAAUCUCUCUAACAUGUAUGAAGUUCUUAAUAAUAAUGAAGAAGGCUUAACCUGUGGAAUUGAACAACACGGUGAAAAUAUCUCCCGAAGAAAUGGAAAUCUCACAGCUUUUUAAGAAAAAUGUAAUUAAAAGGUUAAUCUAUAAUUGUGUUAUAAAGUGAACUUGAAUAUCAGAAUGGGUCUGAAAAAGCAUUGUUCUCAACAAAAAUGUUCUCUGGAGACAAUCUUUUUUAAAGUUUCACAGAUUUGGACCAAGAAAUUACUUUUCUUAUAUUUACAUGAUGGUAGCUCACUAAAAUGACCUCAGUACCUGGCCAAUUUCUAUUAACAUUGUAUUAUUAUAGAGGUAUUUUAAAUUUUUCCUUCACUGAAAUCUAAAUGCACUGACAGUUUUAAGUCUAUGAAAAUCUUUAUUUUUUCAUUGGUGAUGAAAAUCUGAAAUGUACAUUUGUCAUCCCCACUCCAUCAAUCCCUGACCAUUUGAAGGCUUUUUGAUUUAAAAAGGAACAAAAUUUUCCUAAUACAUUAUCCUGUGAUUUACCUUACCUAUAAAAAUGACUCCUGUUUGAUGAAUUAUUUUAAUUUUGAGAUGUUAGUUUAAGAGAAUCCUGUUAUUAAAUGAAAAACAAUUUACCAAACAAAAAAGGGUAGGAAGCUGCCCGCUGGGAGAUGUUUCUCACACUGUGAUUUAUCACCAUACAUUUGAUGGUCUUCGUAUUCCUUGAUGGCACCUUGCUAAACCAGCUCAUCUGCGUCUGUCAGGCUGCAGCCUGACUGGUUUCAUUCUUCACUUACUCUAAUCCCUUGAUACCUGGGAUCUUGAUUUACCAUUUUACAUCAACUCUUGUACUUUUCAGUAUAUUUUCAUAAUGAGUUACAUUAUCAUUUAGAUCUUCUAACAACUCUGGGAAAUAAAGUCCAAAGACUAAUUUCUUAAAUUUAGCUCAUGUUAUAAUAAAAAGACAAAUUGGAACAGUU